UACUCGUAGUUGCAUGUUGUUUUGAUCUCUAAACUAUGAAGACGGUGAAAAGAAAUACGGUGUCCAAGGAAAAGACAAGACCGAAAAAAGUUGCCAAAAGCAAACGAGAAAUAUCUAAACUGAAAGCCGGUGCCAGUCUUGAAAAAGCCGUAAAAAAUGUCCAGCAAAUUUUCGAGAAAAAGAAAGCAGAUGCUAAAACAGAAGCUAAAGCAAAGAAGAAACCAAGUUUAACAAAACAUAAACGUAAACUUAGACCAAAAAACCUGCAGCAUAAAGGAAUAGUUUAUGUAGGGCACAUACCUCAUGGGUUUUACGAGGAACAACUGAAAGACUAUUUCCAACAAUUUGGAAAGGUAACACAAGUACGAGUUUCAAGAUCUAAAAAAAAUGGAAAGAGUCGUGGCUAUGGCUACGUUGAAUUUGUUCACACAGAUGUCGCUAAAAUUGCGGCAGAGACUAUGAAUAAUUAUCUUAUGUGUGGUCGAUUAUUAAAAGCUACAUAUAUUCCACCUGAGAGGGAGCACCACAGAUUCUUCUUGGGAAAAAAUUGGUCAGAGGAAAAUUAUCCUAAGCUACAAGAGAGACAAAAGAUGAUACGAACUAAGAAUGCUGUUCAAAGUGCCGAAGAUUAUGAGAGAUACGUUCAAAAAUCGCGCAAUAAACUCUCUGCGUUGGAAAAGAAGCUGGAGGAUAAAGGAAUUAGUAUGAAAUUUCAGCCAAUCGGUGUACCGGAAACGUAACGAAUUCAAAGUUUGUAAUUUACUAUAUUUAUAAGUACUUUUUAAUUCUAUUCGAGGUAUUGAAUAAGCAAAAGGUAUUCAUUUACGCGAUUGAUGCGAGUUUUUCUACAAUAUCUGUAACAUUGUACACAUUUCUAAAGCUGUCGCAAGCGAUUCGCACAUCUCCGUGUAGAAUAUUAUAUACAAUUAUGCAUUUAAAUAAACUGUAUACUGUAUCAAUGGCACACGCGAAGAAUGCGUCACGAUAUAGUGGUUGCAGACUGUACGUUGACUGUGCCGCCUUUCGUUCGCUUCCAUUUCAUACGUCUAUUUUGAAACCAUACUUUUACCUGUAAAAAUAUGAUUAAACAAUAAAACAGCAGAAGAGUCUUGUUUAGAAAA